UACCUGACGCUUAUUAAAUAUCCCCUCACCUCAUUUGCAACGUUGCCAUAUUACACUACGAGAUUUCUACUGAGCUGUGUGUGUCUAGAGAGAGCAGACAUGGCAGAACAGGAAGCGAAGAAGCUAGAAGCCGAAUCGCCAGUCACACCAACUCCACCACCUGCACCGGAACCGGUGGAAUUUAAACAAGACGCGGUACAGGAGAAACCUAUUGUUGCACCUCCUGAACAGAAGCCUGAGGAAUCCAAAGCUCUCGCUGUAAUUGAUAAGGUCCCAGAAUCGGCUCCAAAGAAGCUCUCAGGGGGAUCACAUGACAGAGACGUUGCUCUUGCAGAGGUUGAAAAGGAAAAGAGAAAUUCCUUUAUCAAGGCAUGGGAAGAUAGCGAGAAAACUAAAGCAGAGAAUAAGGCGCAGAAAAAGCUCUCUGCUGUUGCUGCUUGGGAGAACAGCAAGAAGGCAUCAUUGGAAGCUCAACUGAGAAAGAUUGAGGAAAAAUUAGAGAAACAAAAGGCAGAAUAUGCUGAGAAAAUGAAAAACAAAGUAGCUUUGGUUCACAAACAGGCUGAAGAAAAGAGGGCAAUGGUUGAAGCCCAACGAGGAGAAGAAAUCCUAAAGGCAGAGGAAAUGGCUGCGAAAUACCGUGCAACAGGGCAAACUCCAAAGAAAUUUCUUGGUUGCUUCUAAGGUUGCACAUUUUGAGCUUUGUCCGAAAGGAGUAAAUGGAACGAAUGGGUGAUCUUUUUCUCCAUUUUUUUUUGCUUUUUAAAUAUUAUCAUAUGUAACUCUAUGUUUUCAUUUUUCUAUGCCGAGUGUGUAUGUAUAUAAGUUUCACUUUAUUUCAUAAUUUUGUUACAAUUUGCGUGGAAA